UGAGGGCUCCUCUCUGACUAGGCCCCUGUCGCCGAGUUGCCGGGCAGAGCUGGACGCUGCCGGCUCCUGGGUCCCGCCCUCCCCGGGUCCGGCCGCGGUCCUUCCCCGGCAGCCCUCGGCAGCCAUGGCCCCAGAGAUGGAACCGCUGUUCCUGGCCUGGAGCUAUUUUAGGCGCAGGAAGUUCCAGCUCUGCGCCGAUCUGUGCACGCAGAUGCUGGAGAAGUCCCCUUACGACCAGGCAGCUUGGAUUUUGAAAGCACGAGCACUAACUGAAAUGGUAUAUAUCGAUGAAAUCGAUGUAGAUCAGGAAGGCAUUGCGGAAAUGAUACUGGACGAAAAUGCUAUUGCUCAAGUUCCACGCCCUGGAACAUCCUUGAAACUUCCUGGAACUAAUCAGACAGGAGGGCCUAGUCCAGCCAUCAGGCCAAUCACUCAAGCGGGAAGACCCAUUACAGGUUUCCUUAGACCCAGCACACAGAGUGGCAGGCCGGGCACCAUGGAGCAGGCCAUUCGAACGCCCAGGACCGCCUACACGGCUCGCCCUGUCACCAGCUCGUCCGGAAGAUUCGUCAGGCUGGGCACGGCUUCCAUGCUUACAAGUCCGGAUGGACCUUUUAUAAAUCUGUCUAGACUGAAUUUAACAAAAUAUGCCCAGAAACCUAAAUUGGCAAAGGCUUUGUUUGAGUAUAUCUUUCAUCAUGAAAAUGAUGUGAAGACUGCCUUGGAUCUGGCUGCCCUUUCCACAGAGCAUUCUCAGUACAAGGACUGGUGGUGGAAAGUGCAGAUUGGAAAAUGUUACUACAGGUUAGGAAUGUAUCGUGAAGCAGAAAAGCAAUUUAAAUCAGCUCUGAAGCAGCAGGAAGUGGUAGAUACAUUUCUCUACUUGGCAAAGGUUUACACCUCAUUGGAUCAACCUGUGACUGCUUUAAACCUUUUCAAACAAGGCUUAGAUAAGUUUCCAGGAGAAGUAACCCUACUUUGUGGAAUUGCCAGGAUCUAUGAGGAAAUGAACAAUAUCUCAUCGGCCUCCGAAUACUACAAAGAAGUUUUGAAACAGGACAACACUCACAUGGAGGCCAUUGCAUGCAUUGGGAGCAACCACUUUUAUUCUGAUCAACCAGAAGUCGCCCUCCGCUUCUACAGGCGCCUCCUGCAGAUGGGCGUUUAUAACUGCCAGCUCUUCAACAACCUGGGGCUCUGCUGCUUCUAUGCCCAGCAGUACGACAUGACGCUGACCUCAUUCGAACGUGCCCUUUCUCUGGCUGAAAACGAAGAAGAGGCAGCUGAUGUCUGGUACAACCUGGGACAUAUAGCUGUGGGAGUGGGAGACACGAAUCUGGCCCACCAGUGCCUCAGGCUGGCUCUGGUCAACAACAACCACCACGCCGAGGCCUACAACAACCUGGCCGUGCUGGAGAUGCGGAAGGGCCACGUGGAACAGGCAAGAGCGCUGCUGCAAACUGCAUCAUCUUUAGCACCCCACAUGUAUGAGCCGCAUUUUAAUUUUGCAACAAUCUCUGAUAAGAUUGGAGAUCUACAGAGAAGCUAUGUUGCUGCUCGCAAGUCUGAGGCCGCAUUUCCGGAUCACGUGGACACCCAGCACUUAAUUAAACAGUUAAAGCAGCACUUUGCUAUGCUCUGAUUGCUCCUUAGACCAAGUGUGUUUUUACGAUGGGGCAUUAUAUGAGGGAAAAGAAGUGUGUUUAUUUACAUAUGUGAUACAAACCUGUGCUUGAUAUUAGUGAGGAUGACACAAGGGAGUUUAAACAAGAAUGUAAAUUAAAACUUUUAUAAUAACUUUGUAAUAUUACAAAAGACAGGAUUUCAGCAUUUGUAAGUAGAUCAUGAAGCUUUCUCCCACAUUAUAUAGUGGAUGUUUAUAAUGUUUAUAAACCAUUUUCAUGAAUUUCCUCAAAGUUUUAUAAAUGCACAUUUUUACUGUUCUUAAGCUUGCCAUUAGCUAUCAUGUAGCUAAAGAGGUCUGAAACUUGCACUUUUAUGGCUAAAAAUGUGUAUAUUUACUCUAAUUAGAGAUUUAUUUAAAGUAUUUAUCAGAUGCUUUAUGAGAGACUCUACAUUUUCCUAUGUAUUAUGCUUUAAAAUAAAUCAGUGUGUAAAACACCAUCA